AUGCCAGGUAAUCAACUUCCAUUUCACGUUCGUGCAACAGAUGUUGUCCACAGAUUGUUUGUGCUAGGUCUCGUGGGGUUCUGUGUUGUUGGUACAGGUGGUGCGAUUUUCAACGUAUGGGCCAACUCAGACUAUGCGCCAUGGAAUAAAGAGAAAUUGAAGUUUGAGCAAGAGCAAUACCAUCAAGCAAGGCUCCAGGAACAACAACAAAAAGAGGAGAGAAAGGAAUAA